GCGGGGUGCAGACGGACGCGGAAGCGGACGGACCGACUCGGCCGGAGGCUGCGAUCGCUUCCAGGAGCCGGAGCUGGGGCUCAGCCCCCGGCCCGAGGGCUGUCCGGAGAAGAGAGCAGAGAGAUUCCAGGAAGGACACUUGGAACCGGGAUAUGGAGCUGACACUGUUUCCCAACCCCGUUGAUCUUCCUCUCUAGCUCAGCCUUUUGAGCACGGCCCGUCUCUCUCUCUCUCUCUCUCUACCUCAACGAUCCCUAUCCCCUCAUCCGGAAACAGGUGGAACAAGGGGCUCCAGGCAAGAGGAGGGUGGCACAGUCGAAGGGGAAUUCCCAUCGAGAGAGCCCAGACCUUGGAUUUUCCCUGGAUUGGAAAUUCCAUCUCCUCUCCAUCCAACCUCGAGAACUCCUGCGUCCACAGGCUUGGUUAUUCUGUGGCUUGCACCUCAACAACGGCCUGACAGUUGGGGAUCCCUGUUCGUCCUUCUCGCUGAACAUUCGCCCACUCUCAAACCCGCUGAAGGAACCCCCUUUCUCGGGCGGCCACUACCCGCUUUGCGAAUGAAGCUGGGCCCCAUUUUUGGCUGGAGUCCCCUUAUCUUCUUCGGUCCCACUUCAUCGAUUUGACCGUCCACCGUGACGGGGUUAGAGGCGGAUUCCGGACCCUGGGAGAGGAGGAGUGAUUCCCGACCGCGCCGUGUCCCGUUCCUGACCCCCCCCCCUCCCCUCAGUUUCUGUUUGAGUGGCUGCAGUUCUGCUUCUGUGCCACAAGGGGGCGAUGCCGGGGCACUGGGUCCAGGUGAUGAAGUGCGCCGAGCGGAGCGGGGGAGGGGCAGGCUUCCCCUGGCGCCUCUCGCCCCGUCUGAGGCGGCCCUGGGUGCACGCCCUGCUGCUCUACGUCCUCACGUUCGGGGUGGUGCUGCCCCUCCUGUGCCAGAGCCUCCGGCAGUCUCGCUACUUCAGGCAGGCGGCGCACCUUCGGCGCCUGACGCGGGAGGCGCUGGAGCGCAGCCAGGCGCGGGGCGAGGAGGCGGAGCGCUACGUCCGGACGGCAACACCGCCGGGGGGGCUCGGGGAGGGCGGAGGGACCCCCCUGGUGGUGGCGGUGGUCACCACGAUCCGGCAGCAGGGCGCCGGCUACCACUACUACCUCCAGGUGGUGGCGGCCUUGCACCGGCUGCUGGUGGCUUGCCGGGAUUGCCGGGGUUACCGUCUCCUCGCCUGCAACGUGGACCCGGACCCUGAGGGCCACCGGGAGGCGCUGGAAGCCGCUCACCUCAUCACCACGGUCCAUCGGUUCGGGCAAGGGCGCCGGCCAGCAGGGGGCGCCUACAACCGCUUCGAGAAGGAGAAGGAGGACUACCUGUACUGCCUGCAGGAGGCGCUGUCAGCCUAUGACCCCCAGCACGUGGUGCUGCUGGAGGAUGACGCCGUGCCGAUGGAGGACUUCUUCCCGGUCCUGCGGGACCUCCUGGAGAGGCGGCUCACCUCGCCCACCACCAGGGGCGCCCUCUACGUCAAGCUCUACCACCCCGAGAGGCUGCAGGGCUACCUCAACCCUGAGCCCAUGCGCAUCCUGGAGUGGCUGGGCCUGGGCGCCCUGGGUGGCACCUCCCUCGGCGUCGUCUACCGGAGGCUCUGCGGACGGGCCUCGGUGACGCUGAGCUGGGCCGUGCUGGCCGUCUACACCAUGCUGGUCGUCGAGCUGGCCGGGCGGCACUACCUGCUGGAGUCGCGGCGCCUCAGCCCUCAGCUCUACUCCCUGGUGCCCGCCACCGAGUGCUGCACGCCCGCCAUGCUGUUCUCCGCCCCGGCUGCCCGCCGGGUGUUGGCGUACCUGGGCGGAGUGCGGUGCCGGCCGGGCUACGCCAAGGACACAGCGCUCUACGCCCUGCUGCGGGCACACGGCGAGACUGCGUACGCCCUGGAGCCCAACCUGGUCACGCACAUCGGGCUGUACUCCACCCUCCGGGGUCCCAUCGCUGAGCCCAGUCUCUGAAGUGCCCCCCGUUUAGCCUUCUGCCCCCAAACAUCCCCCCCCCCCCCCCCACACCUUACUCUGUAUCUAACCCUGUGCUGUCCCUGUCCUGGGAGUGUUUGAUGGGGGGGACAGUGUAGAGGGAGCUUUACUCUGUAUCUAACCCUGUGCUGUGCCUGUCCUGGGAGUGUUUGAUGGGGGGGACAGUGUAGAGGGAGCCUUACUCUGUAUCUAACCCUGUGCUGUCCCUGUCCUGGGAGUGUUUGAUGGGGGGACAGUGUAGAGGGAGCUUUACUCUGUAUCUAACCCCGUGCUGUCCCUGUUCCUGGGAGUGUUUGAUGGGGGGACAGUGUAGAGGGAGCCUUACUCUGUAUCUAACCCUGUGCUGUCCCUGUCCUGGGAGUGUUUGAUGGGGGGACAGUGUAGAGGGAGCUUUACUCUGUAUCUAACCCCGUGCUGUCCCUGUUCCUGGGAGCACUUGGUUUGGGGGCUGGAGGUUGGUGCGCAAGUGCAGAGAGAUCUUUAGUCUGUGUCUAAGCCAACCCUAAAACAAUCAGGGGAAAAUUGACUUAGAGGAACCUUCUCAAAUGGAAAAUCUGUGUGUGAUUUCCGACUUAAAAAAUCAUGAAGCAAAUUCCGGUUAAGUGCAGGCUUUUAUAUGGAGUGAGAUUUGAAAGUUUAAAUCUUUUAUGCAAUUGUGGAUUUUUCUUUUGCGAGAAGCCAGAUGUUCUCGAUUUGAAUUUGGCGAAUUGUGUAGAACUGAGCAGUGGCUUGGAUUUAAUUUUUAUCCUCCAAUAAUGUUUUCAAUUGUGUAAACUGUGUGCAAUAUUUUCAGUGUUUGGAGCAUUUCAUUACAUUUGCCUUAAUUAUUUAAAAAAAGAUUUUGCAGCAAGCCUUGGAUAAUAAAAUGAACAAUUAUGAAAU